UCAAAGUCAUAUUCAUCUGGAAUAUAAAAGCUUUGGUUUUCCUCAGAUAUUGGAUCAGAAAGAUACACUUUCAGUUUCACCAUUCGUGACUCACCAAAUCACUUUGUGAAUGUAUCCUCCUGGGGCAGUGAAGACUACAUCCGCUCGCUGUCUGACAACUUCAAGGUUGGUGAGUGUGUGAUAAUUGAAAAUCCCUUGAUCCAAAGAAAGGAGACAGAAAGAGAAGAAAAGUUUAGCCCUGCAACUCCUAGCAACUAUAAACUAUUACUCAGUGAGAAUCACUCAAUGGUAAAAGUUUGUUCCCCUUAUGAAGUGGAUACCAAGUUACUUUCUUUGAUACACUUGCCUGUUAAAGAAUCUCGAGAUUAUUACUCAUUGGCUGACAUUGUUGCAAAUGGACACAGUCUUGAUGGGAGGAUUAUUAAUGUGCUGGCAGCUGUGAGAUCGGUUGGAGAGCCAAAAUACUUUACAACUUCAGACCGAAGAAAAGGCCAGAGGUGUGAAGUUAAACUCUUUGAUGAAACAGAGCCUUCCUUCACAAUGACAUGUUGGGAUAAUGAAUCCAUUCUACUUGCACAGAGCUGGAUGGCGCGAGAAACAGUAAUAUUUGCCUCCGAUGUGAGAAUAAAUUUUAACAAAUUUCAGAACUGCAUGGCAGCAACCGUAAUCUCAAAAACCAUUAUCACAGUGAAUCCAGAUACACCUGAAGCCAAUAUCCUACUGAAUUAUAUAAGAGAAAAUAAAGAGACAAAUGUAGCUGAUGAAAUUGACAGUUAUUUGACAGAAUCCGUAAACCUAAACACAAUAGUUAAUGUCUAUACAGUGGAACAGUUAAAAGUCAAAGCUUUGAAAAAUGAAGGAAAAGCUGAUCCUCUCUAUGGUAUCCUUUAUGCUUACAUUUCUACAUUGAACAUUGACGAUGAAACUACCAAAGUACUUAGAAACAGAUGUUCCAGCUGUGGUUAUAUUGUGAAUGAAGCCUCCAAUACUUGUACAAUUUGCAACAAAGAUUCUUCCAGAUUUAAAUCUUUUUUUCUCAGUUUUGAUGUGCUAGUUGAUCUUACUGACCACACUGGAACACUUCAUUCCUGCAGUCUCUCAGGAAAUAUUGCUGAGGAAACUUUGGGCUGCACGAUAAGUGAGUUUCUUGCAAUGACAAGUGAACAGAAAACAAAGCUGAAGUGGCAACUUCUUUUGGAAAGAAGCAAAAUUUAUUUAAAAAUGGCAGAGAAUGGGAGAAGAAAUGUCCACACUGAUAUGACUAUGAUGACCCCUUCUGUGGUUCUUUUGAUUUUAUCACACAGAGCAAGGGGUGGACUGAAAGUGACCAUACUCUCCUGUAAGCUUGCAGACCCUACCGAGGCAAGCAGGAACCUGGCUGGACAAGGACACACUUAAAACCAGAUUUUGUUCCAAAUUCCGAGGAAAUAUAGACAUUUAACUCUUAAGAUGGAAUGUUAACUUGAGAAUUAUGUGUAAAAUUACAUUUUUCCUAAAUGUGGUAAAACUAUUUCUUAGAUUGCCACUUUUUCCUUUUGGAGUUAGCCCAGCCCCCUGGAAUACCAUUUCUACUAGCUUUACCCUGUCUUCUCUUACAUAGGGAAAUGUUUGCUUAUGUACAGAAAUAAACAUGCUUGAUCUCCCUCACA